AUCAGUCAGAUGUUCGAGUUUGCACCGCCGACACACCGGUCCACCCGUGAUUACUCGCAAUUUACGUAGCAAAUCCAACGACAUGGUCACACAAUACAUGCGACGCUGUAGUGUGAUGUUCCACUUACGAAUAUCCGUCAGUCAGAACUGACGUUCCCAGUCGAAAGCUGCCAUGAAGCAGGCAGACGCGCGUUCACCGCCCCAUGGAAUAACUAUAAAACAAAACCCCAAGACCGGUAAACUUCUGAAAAUUAUCACAGCUUUAGUUCUGUUAGCUUUCCUUGUUACAUGCUUCAUAAUCAGUGACUCGGAUUCUGCAGAUGAAACUCAAUUAAUUCCUGAAAACAUCCCGAAGACGUACAAUAAGUUGGAGGGAAUCCCUCCCGAGGAAAGAGACCUGUUCUAUGGUUUCCAAACCUCCUUUUUACCAGCUGAAGAGCUGAUACAAGCGCAAAGACAUUUAAAGUCUAAAAGAAGUUUAGAAGACCCAGUUACUAGUGACAACUUUUUGUGGGACGCUUGGGAAGGAGUGAGUGGACCAAUCCGGCCGAAACGUAAUAGCAAAUUUACGUAUACGUCACAAGACUACAUGGAAGAUCCCCUCUUUCAUCGUCACGAGGUCCAGGAGCAUGGUCAAGAAAACACCGGCGAGAGUUACGAAGACUAUUCUUAUGACUCCGCGGAAGCCAACAGCCAGGAAGAUAAGGAAGGGUUUCAAACUAUCGUGGAGCAUCGUAAUCACGUGGAUCGCGGCCCCCUAGACGACGUGGUGGAGCAGAUCCGUAGCCAGCCAGAACUGGAGGAGGGGGAGAUGGAGUCUUCCGCGCUGCCAUUGUAUAAAACGAGUUCAUCGCAUUCAGGAAUCCAAGCAUUCUGGAAAGGGCAAAGCGACAAAGCCGCCAUAAGGGCAACGCAGGCAAGCAUCAUGAAACGAAACAUGGACGUUGAAGCCGACCCCUGCCACGACUUCUACCAAUAUGCUUGCGGGAACUGGGCUGCGCUGAAUCCUAUUCCAGCUGACAAAGCCGGAUACGAUACUUUUGAAAUGCUAAGAGAAAAUCUAGAUGCCGUACUUAAGGACCUACUGGAAUUCAAUGAACCAUUUCCGAGCAAAUAUCCUGGCGCCAACCUUGACAUGAAUUAUGGUUUUCUAAACACAACUUCGAAAAAACUUUAUCAAAACACGCAUAAUGAUAAUAAUAAGCUUCACAUAGAUACAAUAGAUAGUAACUUAGAAGAAAUAUUGAACAGUUCCAUUGAUGGGAGGUACCGAUACGACUGGAUUAAAACUGAUGGGGAGAAACCUGAAAUGGUUAAUCGUAUCUACACUUUGUUUCAUAGGAAAGAAAGAGAUAUAUUCAAAACAGCCAAUAACUUGAAUCCUAAGAAUUUGAAACACGUAAAAAAGAAGAGAAGAGGCAAUAAACUGAAACAGGUGCAUAUGAAAGAACAAGAUCUUGAAAUACAUGGGAAAAGAAAGAAACGUAGCCUGAAAGGAAAGAUAUUAAACCUUAAAUCUUUUCUACAAAAAGAUGUUCAUACUUCUACUGUAAGAAAAAACAGAUCGAAACGGGAUACUAAAACUAAUCUGCCUAUUUCAGAUGACUUUACUAAAACUUACGAUGCAGCAUUGAAAGCUAAGUUUCUAUUUAAAUCGUGUAUGAACUACGAAAUACUACAAAAACGUGGGCACCAACCACUUCUAGAUCUAUUGAAUUUGUUCGGAGGUUGGCCUAUUCUUGACCCGGGAUGGUUACCGCUAAACUUUGACUGGAUAGAUGUCAUGGCAAAGUUGCGAUUGUACAAUAAUGACAUUUUAAUUUCGGAGUGGGUAGGUCCGGAUAUCAAAAAUUCUGACGAAUACGUUAUUCAGUUUGACCAGACGAGCUUAGGUUUGCCUACAAGAGAAUACUUUCUGCAACAUUCCAAUAAAGUAUACCUGGAUGCAUACAAGCAUUAUCUCAUAAAAAUUGCUCUUUUAAUGGGCGGAAGUAAGAAUCAUGUGUUGCAAAGUGCAGAGAAACUCAUCAAUUUUGAAAUAAAGUUAGCAAAUAUAACAUCAGCUCCAGAGGACAGGAGAAACGUGUCUGAACUCUACCGGAGAAUGACUCUACGUAAGCUAGAGAAAUUGGUGCCAGAGAUUGGAUGGAGACGAUACUUGUGUGCCGUCAUGAACAGGACCGUUCAUUCACAUGAAACUGUUGUGCUUUUUGCACUCACCUACGUACAACACCUCGUUAAACUGAUCGACGACACAGAUCCAGAGGUGCUGGCCAACUACUUGUUGUGGCGUUUUGUCAGGCACAGGGUCAACAACCUUGAUGAUCGUUUUCAGUCAGCCAAGCAACAAUUUUACUUCAUAUUGUUUGGUCGAGAACAAUCACCUCCGCGGUGGAAGAAUUGCAUUUCUCAAGUUAACUCAAACAUGGGCAUGGCUCUUGGAUCCAUGUUCGUAAGGAAACACUUCGACGAAACCAGCAAAAACGAUACCCUUACUAUGACAGGAGAUAUACAACAGUCCUUUAGGGAACUGCUCCAUAAAAUUGACUGGAUAGAUGAUGGGACAAAAAAAUUAGCCGCGCAAAAAGUAGACGCUAUGAUGCUGAGGAUAGGAUAUCCUGAUUUUAUUUUGAAUAAGAAAGAGUUAGAUCAGAGAUAUAAAGAUGUGAAAAUACACCCUGACAAGUAUUUUGAGAAUACUUUGAAUAUUUUGCAACAUUUGACUCAAAUGGAACAGUCUCGGAUAGGCGAGCCAGUAAACAAGACAUUGUGGAACACAGCACCAGCAGUGGUAAACGCGUAUUACAGCCGCAACAAGAACCAGAUCAUGUUCCCGGCUGGGAUACUGCAACCGCCAUUCUACCAUCGCCACUUUCCGCGGUCGCUCAAUUACGGAGGCAUCGGUGUCGUCAUAGGCCAUGAAAUAACGCACGGCUUCGACGAUAAAGGUCGCCUCUUUGACUGCAACGGAAAUCUACAUCGCUGGUGGUCAGACUCUGCUAUAGAAGCGUUCCAUCAGCGUGCGCAGUGUCUGAUAGAUCAGUAUGGUCUCUACGUGGUGCCUGAAGUCAACAUGAAACUCGACGGUGUCAACACACAGGGUGAAAACAUAGCCGACAACGGCGGCGUGAAGCAAGCGUUCCGCGCCUACAUCCGCUGGGUCCAAAAGAACGGAAUCGCCGACGAGACGCUGCCCGGCCUCAACCAUACACACACGCAACUAUUCUUCCUUAACUUUGCGCAGGUAUGGUGUGGCGCAAUGCGUGCUGAAGCGAUGAGGAACAAACUGAAGACAGCCGUGCACUCUCCGGGCCGCUUCCGUGUCAUCGGGACCCUUUCGAACUCUAACGACUUUGCCAGGGAAUUCAAAUGCCCACUCGGGUCGCCUAUGAAUCCGAAAGAAAAGUGCACAGUGUGGUAGCA